UUUAAAAUUGUUAUUGUGAAUUGUAUUCGAUCAUUAUAAUUGUCAAUGGAAUACUUUUACCUUAAUAAAUUGAAUAUUACUGAACAGAUUCAUAAUUUUGUCGUUUUCAUAGUUAAAAGUGAUUGUACAUUUUAUGUUCAAAAUAAGUGUGAUACACCUCAWGCUGUAUAAUAUCGUUAAACUUGACUUGUAAAUAGGUUUGUUGAAAUCAUCAAUCAUGGAUUGGAUGUACGAUGGUACACGAGUACAAAAAGACGACUAUCUAUUGGGAAAAAAAAUUGAUAGAAAAUAUGGWGAAAGCACAGAUAACGAUUCAAUUUUGCCACCAAAAAUAUGCUCAUCAGACAAAUUUUCUCAAGUAGACUUGACAAAAAAAAUUUCAGAAGAUCCAUUGGUUAAUAUAAAAAAGCGGGAAAUUGAAUGCACUCAAAAAAUUCUUCAAAAUCCAAUGCGCCUGAAAAAACAACAAAAUAUCCAAAAUGAAAAACAUAUUAUUGAUGAUCAUCAGUUAGAUAUGAUACUAGUUAGYCGUUUGAAAUCAUAUGAAAAAGCUGGAUUAGGUCUUGAAAAAAUUUUGUCAAUUACCAAACAUAAAGAUAAAAAAGAACAUAAAAAAAAAAACAAAACUGAUAGUUCUAGUUCUGAAGAUGAUGAAAAAUUGUCUAAUAAGAAAAAAAAACAUGUACAAAAGUCUGGAAAUUUUGAACGAGAAGACAAAAAGCAAAAUGAUAAAAAAUUUCUCAAAUAUGGAGAAGACAAGCAAAAAKACAACAAAAUUAAAAGGGAUAAACAGAGGUCAAUUUCAUCUUCGAAUGAUGAAGAUUCUAGUAAGAGAAAUAAAUUAGCAAAAGAAUAUAAACAUAAUAAAAGUGAUAACCAUAAAUAUAAAGAUCAUCGUAGAAAACAUAGAUCAACUAGUACUGAUGAUAGCGAUGACAAUCAGAAAAAUUUWAAAAAAAAAAGAAGUGAACGCAACAGAUCCAUCUCGGAAGAAAAAUAUGAUCAAAAUGAUAAAAUUUCAAAAAAUAAAUAUAGAAAUAAUCAUUAUGUCAAACAAGAUAAUAAMAAAAAAUACAGUGAUAAUAUAAAAAAAGAUGAACAAUAUAAACAACAAGAAUCUAAAAGUAGAGAGAAACAACAUGAUAAUAAAAGGAAACGAACAUCAAGUUCAGAUAGAGAACUGGAACGGAAAAAACCUAUAAAUGCUUCUGAACAUAGUAAAUAUAAUAUUAAAAGUAAUAACCAUCAUCACAGACCAAACAGUUCUGACAAAGACCAUGAGUCAAAGGUUACCAAAAAUUCAAAAAAUAGUGAUGGAUAUCGUAAACAUUUAAAUACCCAUAGAAAUAGAUCAUCAGAGAGUCCCCCAAAAAGGAACAAAUAUCAAAAAGUAAAUGAAAUUAAAAAAGAUAAAAAAAGGCAAAAGUCAAGUAGUUUGUCAAGUUCAGAUGAUGAAAAAAAGAAUAAURAUACAAUGAAGCAGACUUCCAAACAACGACAUAGUCCAAAGUUUCAAUCAGAUACUGAAAAAGAUGAACACAAAGGAAACAWGAACUAUGGAUUAAUAGUUCCUAAAGGUAACAUUGUAAAAAGGUCAUCUAUUAGUCCGGUGUUUAUAAAAGAUAAAAAAAAACCAAACAUUGUUCGACCCAAAACACCACCUGCCAAGAAAAAGAAAUUAACAGAAAAAGAAAUGGAGAAAAUGAGAAUAGAAAUGAUUGAAAAUGCUAAAAUUAGAGAUAAAGAACGUUCUUCUAAUGUAAAACGUUAUAGAAAAGAAGACAAAAAAGAGGAAGAAAAACAAAAACCAUAUAAUAAAGAGUUUUUAAUUAAACAAUUUGCACAUGCUGCUUCACAAGUCAGUGUUGAAAGAAGUAUCAAGUCAAAUGUCAAUAAACUGCAAAAAAAAUAGUAAUAAUAUUGCUGAUUAAUCUUAAAUAUUUGAAUGUAAAAUAUCAAUCUUG